AUGCCGAACAACAGAGUCACCUACCGCCGCCGCAACCCAAUUGUCAAGACCCCUGGUGGUGAGCUCCGUGCCCUGCACAUCAACAAGCGAGGAACUGCUCCCAAGUGCGGUGACUGCGGUACCAAGCUCCCCGGUGUCCCUGCCCUCCGACCCCGCGAGUACGCUCAGCUCUCCCACCCCAAGAAGACUGUCCAGCGCGCAUACGGUGGUUCCAGAUGCGGUAACUGCGUUCGCGACCGCAUCGUCCGCGCUUUCCUGAUCGAGGAGCAGAAGAUCGUCAAGAAGGUGCUGAAGGAGCAGGAGGGCGCCAACAAGGGCAAGAAAUAA